CUGUCUGUGCAAAUGUCUGUCAUUCUCGGGUGUGAUUUUAACCCUUUUAUUUUUGCCCAAAUGUAUGUGAAAAAAACGAAUGAAUCCCAAGUGAUCAAAGGGGGAAGAGGGACAGAUUAGCGGGUGCACACACCGGCGGCUCCAGGCAGACGUGUUGGUAUGUCGACCAGAGACCCCUGCCAGACCCAGGCCUGUGAAAUACAGAAGUGUUUACAAGCUUAUCAUUAUCAGGAAAGCAAAUGUCAGCAUGUGAUCGAAGAAAUGCAUAAGUGUUGCAAGAUUCACGCAAAGAGGUCAGUCUGCUGUUCAGGCUUCCUGAUCAAGCAGGAAGAAAAAAACAAGCAAUUUUUGGACUGAGAAGCGCCAUUGAUAACAGGCACAAUGGCUUUUACGUAACACUCACCUUUUCAUAAUCACCAUGACUAAGACUUCAAUUUCAAAGAAAUCACUGUAGCAUCAAGCCUGGAGUCAGCUGUCAGCCCGUUCGUAUAAUUUGUGUGUCAGCUUGGCUCAAUGUCCACAUCGCCGCCACGUCAGAAGGUUG